AUGAGUGUGAAUUUAGACAAGAAUCAAUUUCCCAAUCUACCCUUCCCGUCCUUUUCCGAAUCUACCCUUCCAUCCUCACCCUCGCCCCAUCAGCGGCCCACCAGCAGAAGCCACAACAGCACCGUUGAAUCCUUCAGCGGCCCAAAGCUCUCAACCCUACCACCUCCCGACGACUACAGGAGCGACUGCGGAUCUUCGUCAUCCGUCGUUGACAACGAUGACCAUGGCGACAUGGCUUUAUCGUCGUUCCGUAAACCCCUGCCGUUCGAUCUCAACUUCCCUCCUGCGGCCGACGACACCGACGAUUUCCAGUGCACGGCUCUGUGCCUUUGA